ACGACCGGCCCGGGGGUCGGACUUGCGUCCGGUCGCCGCUCGAGGAGACGACGAGGCUACGCAAGGAAAAGCAGAAACCUCGCUCGGUUGUCAACACAUGGGACUGCGAAAUACCGUCGCCGUGACGUCGCUUCGCCUUUCCACUCCUGUCACCUCGCACACAGACACCGAGAGCCACUCGAGUGGGAUUCAGCCAUGGUCUCCAUGGAGCACGUGGCUCACAAGAUACUAACUUACUUGCCAUAUGUUCUCGUUUUGAUUGACAUGCGAUACGAAGGAGUCAAAUGCGGCAGAGAGGGGAGUGUGGACCAUCAGAUGGAGAUGGGCAAGAAGCUGCUGGCAGCCGGACAACUAGCCGACGCGCUCUCUCACUUCCACGCCGCCGUGGAUGGCGAUCCAAAGAACUACUUGGCCUAUUACAGGAGAGCCACGGUGUAUCUGGCCAUGGGGAAGUCCAAGUCGGCGCUGCCAGAUUUGAGCAGAGUCAUCGAACUCAAGCCCGACUUCACAUCUGCGCGUCUCCAGAGGGGAAACCUGCUCCUGAAGCAAGGCAAGCUGGACGAAGCAGAGAGCGACUUCCGGCAAGUGCUAAAGGUCCACCCAAGUGAGAAAGAGACGACCGAGGCCCAAAACCAGCUGAGAAAAUCCGACGAGAUCCAGCGAAUGGUGGCUGAGGCGCGGCGCAGCUACGACAGCAAAGACUACGCCGCGGCCGCUGCCCAGCUCGACGGCGUCAUCGAGACUUGCGUUUGGGACGUGAGCUCUCGCGAGAUGCGCGCCGAGUGCUUCAUUCAGAUGGGCGAGAUGGGGAAGGCCAUCAGCGACCUGAAGGCCUCCUCCAAGUUGAGAAACGACAACACGCACGCGUUCUAUCAACUCAGCACCAUCUACUACGAGCUGGGAGACCACGAGAUGUCGCUCAAUGAGGUGCGCGAGUGCCUAAAGCUGGACCCGGAUCACAAGCAGUGCUUCAGUCACUACAAGCAGGUCAAGAAGCUCAACAAACAGAUCCAGUCUGCCGAGGAACUCAUCCAAGAGCAGAGGUACGAGGAAGCCGUGAGUAAGUACGAGGCGGUGAUGAAGACGGAGCCCAACGUAGCGCGUUUCACCACCCUGGCUAAGGAACGCAUCUGUCACGCAUUGACACACGGCCGGCAGCAGCCCGCCAAAGCCAUCUCGGUGUGCGGCCAAGUCCUCCAGUCGGACCCGCACAACGUGGAAGCGCUGAAGGACAGGGCCGAGGCCUACAUCCAGAACGAGCAGUACGAGGAGGCCGUCGAGGAUUACGAAAGUGCGUCCCAACACAGCGAGAGCGACCGCCAGAUAAAGGAAGGCCUGGAGAAAGCCCAGCGCCUCCUCAAGCAGUCUCAGAAGAGGGACUACUACAAGAUCUUGGGGGUCAAGAGGACGGCCCAGAAGAAGGAGAUCAUCAAAGCGUAUCGCAAACUGGCCCAACAGUGGCACCCGGACAAUUUCCAGGAUCCGGAAGAAAAGAAGAACGCCGAGAAGCGCUUCAUCGACAUCGCUCAGGCCAAGGAGGUCCUCACCGAUCCGGCCCUCCGGUCGACAGUGUUGACGAUAUUGACGUUUCCGUCCACGUCGUCUAGAGAAGCGAAGCAAGUUCGACCAGGGCGAGGACCCCCUGGACCCCGAGAGCCAGCAGGGUCACCGGGGGGGCGGCGGCCAGUAUCACUUCAACACCUUCCAAGGCGGCUUCAACCCGUUCGGGUCGGGACCCUUCAACUUCAAAUUCAACUUCAACUAAAGAACGUUGAUGAUUUUUCUUUUUUUUUAUUGGGCAGCCCACCCACGUCGUCUUAAUUAAAGCAGUUUGUCAACGUGCAAACUCCUCCGUUUUGAAUAUGACAUGUUGCCAUGGAAACAAAAAGGCGCCUUGUACCUCCCCGGGAGCAAAGGGUUCAUUCGAAAUUGUGAUGCACAUCCAUUCAGGAAAAUCGUUUUGUACGCUUCUGUACACUAUUUUUAUAUGACUGGACUGUGUCUUGACCUGUAAAUAAAGAGCUUAUUUAUGUACUGUA